UAACAAGCAAUUCUUCUCCAUCACAUCCAUCUCCCUUCUCCUUUCGGCUCAUAUCGCCCAGCAGCGACAGUCUUCCUCGCCCUAUCUCAUCCCUUCAAAACAAACAUCACAUCACGAUGGUACAGCCCGUCCCAUGGGGUGACUGGGAUAUCGUCCUCCCCGGCGCCGUAUCGGGUAUCGCAACAGGCAUCGCUUACUACUGGGAAUACCUCAUGAAAGCCAUCCUGGGCAGUAUCGGUUUCGGCGACUUCGGUCCCAUCGCCGGCCGCCUCGCCUCCCUCUACCAAUCCUACAUCCGCCAAAUCGCCGCCCGCGGUAUCUUUGCAACCCUCCAAAGCGCCGCCAUGGGCGGUUACGGAGAAGCCAUCAUCGGCACCAUGAUCCGCCUGUCUUUUGGCUCCAUGGCGGUCGUCUCUGGCGGUCUCGUCAUUAUCCCUCUUGCCGUUGAUCUGUUGGAGUACUAUGAGGGGGUUGAUAACGUCAGGGACCUGGCGGUGCUGGUGUUUCAUCAGGCGGAAGAUGGAGGGAGGUGGGUGGAAGUGCAUAUAGGGGAGGCGUUGAGGAAGCGGCACCUCGAGACGGGGAAAGUUGUGCAAGGGCGGUUCGUCGACACCCGUGCCACGAUCGACUUUGCUCUCAAGGAAGCCGUCCGGCUCCGCGACGAUGUUGACCAUGCGACAGCCGACCUUUGGGGCGGUGCGACAGAAGACGCUCGUCGUAUUAUCGAGCUCGCCAACGACCUCGAAACCCAAGACCAAGCUGCCCUCAUCUGUCUCGGUAAAGCAUUCGGGGACAAGCUCCGAGAAGAACUUGGGAGGGAGUAG